AUGUGCAAUCAAGCUUCACGCAACUCAGCGCAGCAGCAUCAGCGGCAGCAGCAGCACUGUCAUCAGCAGGUGAACAGGAAAAGCAGCAAUAAAACUAGCAGCAGCAUCAGGAGCCCGAAUAUUGGCGCCAGCGAUCACAGCAGCAGCAGCCCUAAUAUCAUCAUCAUCAUCAUCACCAACAACAGCACCAGCAGCAGCAGCAGCACGAGCAUCAUCAUCAACACCAGCAGCAGCAGCUACAGCCGCUCGAGCAUCAUGAAUAUCAUCAUCACCAUCAUCAUCAGCGGCAGCAGCAGGACCCAGACGACCUGGCGCAGCAGCCGCGGCAUCAUCAACAUCAUCAUCAUCAUCAGCAGCAGCAGCAGCAGCAGUAGCAGCAGCUACGAUGAGGAAUUUCACGGCUUGCUGCUGGCCGUGCACGGCUGCUUCGUGCAGUACAGCAAAACCCCACACGUCUUUCUGGUUAAGACUGGCCCCCUUGUCCAGCAGCAGCCGCGCCACCGCCUCGUGGCCGCAGCUCGACGUAUGCCGCAGCGCCGUGCGCCAGUACUACACCCAACGCAAAUCCUAAAUCCUAAACCCUGA